AUGCAGGAAGCGCCAGCCGCGCUGCCCACGGAGCCGGGCCCCAGCCCCGUGCCUGCCUUCCUCGGCAAGCUGUGGGCGCUGGUGGGCGACCCGGGGACCGACCACCUCAUCCGCUGGAGCCCGAGCGGGACCAGUUUCCUCGUCAGCGACCAGAGCCGCUUCGCCAAGGAAGUGCUGCCCCAGUACUUCAAGCACAGCAACAUGGCGAGCUUCGUGCGGCAGCUCAACAUGUACGGUUUUCGGAAGGUGGUGAGCAUCGAGCAGGGCGGCCUGCUCAGGCCGGAGCGCGACCACGUCGAGUUCCAGCACCCGAGCUUCGUCCGCGGCCGAGAGCAACUCCUGGAGCGCGUGCGGCGCAAGGUGCCCGCGCUGCGCAGCGACGACGGCCGCUGGCGCCCCGAGGACCUGGGCCGGCUGCUGGGCGAGGUGCAGGCUUUGCGGGGAGUGCAGGAGAUCACCGAGGCGCGGCUGCGGGAGCUCAGGCAGCAGAACGAGAUCUUAUGGAGGGAGGUGGUGACUCUGCGGCAGAGCCACGGUCAGCAGCAUCGCGUCAUUGGCAAGCUGAUCCAGUGCCUCUUUGGGCCACUUCAGACAGGGUCCAGCGGCGCAGGAGCUAAGAGAAAGCUGUCUCUGAUGCUGGAUGAGGGGAGCUCAUGCCCAACACCGGCCAAAUUCAACACCUGUCCUUUACCUGGUGCCCUCUUGCAGGAUCCCUACUUUAUCCAGUCGCCCCUCCCAGAGACCACCUUGGGCCUCAGCAGCUCUCAUAGGACCAGGGGCCCUAUCAUCUCUGACAUCCAUGAAGACUCUCCCUCCCCUGAUGGGACCAGGCUUUCUCCUUCCAGUGGUGGCAGGAGGGAGAAGGGCCUGGCACUGCUCAAAGAAGAGCCGGCCAGCCCAGGGGGGGAAGGCGAGGCCGGGCUGGCCCUGGCCCCAAACGAGUGUGACUUCUGCGUGACAGCCCCCCCCCCACUGUCCGUGGCUGUGGUGCAGGCCAUCCUGGAAGGGAAGGGGAACUUCAGCCCCGAGGGGCCCAGGAAUGCCCAACAGCCUGAACCAAGGGGUCCCAGGGAGGUACCUGACAGGGGGACUCUGGGCCUGGACAGGGGGGCACGAAGCCCAGAGAAUCUGCUGCCUCCCAUGCUGCUUCGGGCCCCCCCUGAAAGUGUGGAGCCUGCAGGGCCCCUGGAUGUGCUGGGCCCCAGCCAUCAAGGGCGAGAAUGGACCCUGAUGGACUUGGACAUGGAGCUGUCCCUGAUGCAGCCCUUGGGUCCAGAGAGGAGUGAGACUGAGCUGGCGGUCAAGGGGUUAAAUUCUCCGGGGCCAGGGAAGGACUCCACACUUGGGGCACCACUCCUGCUCGAUGUCCAAGCGGCUUUGGGAGGCCCAGCUCUCAGCCUUCCUGGAGCUUUAACCAUUUACAGCACCCCUGAGAGCCGAGCCAACUACCUAGGCCCAGGGGCCAAUCCCUCCCCCUGA